CUCUGUUUGAAAAGACGAAAUGCCGAAAUAUUUGAAAAAAUCUCCAAGGGCAUGAUGGACAGAGGCUAUAACAGGGACCUGCAGCAGUGCCGCGUGAAAAUUAAGGAGCUCAGGCAAGCCUACCGAAAAACCAAAGAGACAAACGGCCACUCUGAGUCAGAGCCCCAGACAUGCCGCUUCUAUGAUCAGCUGCAUGCCAUUCUAGGAGGUGCCCCUACAACUACCCCAACCCUGUGCAUGGACUCCAUCAAUGGACUCUCAUGCAACAGGGAAAUGGAUUUUGGGGACGAGGAAGAUGAGGAGGAGGAAGAGGAGGUUGAAGCACAGCAAGCAAGAGGAGAAACCGUUUUCCCCGACAGCCAGGAACUGUUUUUCACCCUGGAUCUAGUACCCUCCCAACCUAUAGAAGCUGGGCUCCCAGACCUAAAAGGCAGAGAACGGACCUCUGCUGCAAAUGUUUAAUCGCUCCACGUAUUAUCUCUGUCCCAGAGGCUAUCAAAGAUUAGAAGC